GGUCCAGACGUAAUGCUGCCUUCACGUGCUCUCGGAAUUAUACGAGUUUCCUAAGUAAAAAAAAACUGCACAUGAACGCCCUUCCAUUUCGAAACUUGAAUGCGAUGAGCUCGUAAUCGCGACUUCAGAUGUGGGAAUUAUCAAAUUUCCGAUAGCACGUGAAGGCAGCAUUAUUCCCAAGUAGGAUAUGGUCUGCAGCAUUAGUUGCAUCGCUGUAACUACGUCAUCAUGACGUCUCGGGUGUUGCGUGGGCUAGCUUUAGCAGCGUUAGCUGUAUAACAGUGAUGGUGGAAGGUGAAGAUUUCUGAAACACAUCAACGGAGAUCGACAUUCAUGAGACGAGUUUAUUAAUGGUGAGCUCUGUGUCAUGUCUGUGAAGAGCCCCUCAGACUUACUCAAUGAAAACACGUACAUACCACCUUCACUGACUCUUGACCUCUGCUUAUCCUAUGAAAGAAAGUUGGGCCUGAAAGAUACUCCUGGGUCAACCUCUUUCUCUCCAAAGAGUCGACACAAUUACGCCAGUACAACCUCCAUCCAGCUCCUCAAAGGCAUGGGAGGACUAGAUGAUGAUGCAUCCCUCCAGCACCAGGAAGAUGAAUGGAGCAGAAAUCAGGAAAAUGAACAUGGUCUUCCAGUCUCUGAGAGCAACACCAAGUGGAUGAAAGAAGAUCAGAACCAAAUAUGCAAGCUAGCAGAACAGCAGCAGCAAGACCAGAAUCUCAAUCUGGUUGAAAACAAGAAUGAAUCCACAGAUAGAAACCCAAACCAGAACUCACAGCGGCGAAAUGAAGAGAAGAACAAGACCCUGAAAGCGCUCUGCUCUGACCUGCAUGAUUGGGCGGCUGAUGAACAUCUUCUGAUUUACUCUUCUGCUGCCAUGAUGGAGAAGAAUCAGGAAAACCAAGAGCAGAUGAGAGACAAGGAAGCAGAAAGAGAGGAAGAGGAAAAUUUAAAUCCCAGUGGAUGCGUGAACAUAGACCCAUCUGAAAUUCAGAAGAAAGGAGGCGAAAGUGGCAGCAGAAAUGCUUGUUUGCUGUUUGGCAAGAACGGCGUUACCAGUGACGAGGACUCCAGCUGCAUGUCGCUGUCACAGGAAAGCACUGCAAGCAGCACCCCCGAUGAAGAGCCAGAGUCCUAUUGGGAUGGCAGUGCAUUUGAAACAGACACGGACCUGCCCGCUGGUUGGAUGCGAGUGCAGGACACAUCAGGCACCUACUACUGGCACAUUCCCACAGGUACCACACAGUGGGAGCCACCUGGGCCCCUGGAGGAGAGACCAGCCAGUGCAUCGCCUGCGCUCACACCCACUGACGAGCCACAGAUUACAUGGAGCUGUGUUUCACAACCAAACACAUUCAGUGUUGAAGAACUCUGGCAGAAGGAGGAUGUAGCUUCUGAUAAAAGUCUGAAGGAGUUUGAGGGAGCGACUCUACGCUACGCCUCCAUCAAUCUGAGUUUUUCUCAGUCUGAGGAGGAAGAGGAACAGACUUAUGUCAGCAGUAUUGAGGGGGCGAAGUGCUUUGCAGUGCGUUCUCUGGGCUGGGUGGAGAUAUCAGAGGAGGAAAUGGCUCCUGGCAGGAGUAGUGUUGCCGUUAAUAACUGUAUUCGACAACUGUCCUACCAGAAACACAAUCUAGAUGACACAGCUGGCAUCUGGGGUGAGGGGAAGGAAAUGCUGCUGGUGCUGGAGAAUGAGACUCUGAAUCUGAUCGAGCCUCGUGAGCGAACGCUGCUCCACUCUCAGCCAAUCGUCAGCAUCCGUGUUUGGGGAGUGGGACGCGAUGAUGGCAGGGACUUUGCAUAUGUGGCCCGAGACAAGCUGACUCAUGUGCUCAAGUGUCAUGUAUUUCGGUGUGACACCCCUGCGAAAAACAUUGCCACAAGCAUGCAUGACAUCUGCUCUAAGAUCAUGGCCCAGAGGAAGUCUUCCAGUAGAAUAAACACUGAGCUCUCCAGACUUGGGGACAUCCCUUUCCAGGAGUUCCCAGCUCCCAAGAAUGAGCUGGUCCAGCGCUUCCAGGUGCGGUAUUUGGGUCGUGUGCCAGUGACAAAGCCAGUUGGCAUGGACGUUAUUAAUGUAGCGUUGGAGACGGCCCUCAUCAACAAAGACGAGGAGGAUUGGACAGCUGUGACUGUGAACGUGGCAUCCGCUACACUCACCAUUCUAACUUCUGAGACAGAGGAAGUUCUUUCUGAGUGUCGUGUGCGUUUCCUGUCGUUUAUGGGAGUCGGGAAGGAUGUGCACAUGUUUGCAUUCAUCAUGGCAGAGGGACCUGGAGACUUUAUCUGUCACAUGUUCUGGUGUGAUCCUAACGCAGCCAGUCUAAGUGAGGCCGUACAGGCUGCCUGCAUGCUGAGGUAUCAGAAGUGUUUGGAUGCUCGACCUCCCAACAGUAGCAGCUCUUGUCUGCCCGGCCCACCUGCUGAUUCUGUCGCCCGCCGGGUCGGCUCAAGUGUGAAGAAGGGUGUUCAGAGUCUGCUGGGUAGCUUUAAAAGAUCUGGAUCUCAGACACCCUAAGAAGGGAAACAUUCCCUCAGCAGUGCUCAGUGCAAAUUUUUUUGUGUUUGUGUUUUUAUGGGCCUAAAAGUAGAGGGUCGUUCAUGUCACUUCAGUUAUCCUCAUGCAGUUAGCACACAAUAUGAAGAAUACAAGAAGGCACGCAAGUUAGACUGAUAGAUAUUCCAUUAUUUAACACUACAUUUUCAUUUACUUUUACCACGUUUGUUUACGUUAGCAUUCAAUGUAGUGGAUGUUAUGUGGACUACACACCCUAAAGACACUAAACAUUACGCAUGCUUUCACAAAACACUAAAAUGAGCUUAUACACUAUGCAAUGUGCUUAUUUUUUUAUUUCUUGUUCUUCCUGUGGCUCUGUGUUGUGACACAUAUUGUGCUAGCUUUGACUGCAUUUAAUAUUUUUUUUCUCCUAAAGAAUUGAUUCUUUGCCAACCUCAAAGCAGGGACAGAACCAACAGAAAACGCAGACCUUGUAACAUCCGUGUGCCCUGAAAAUUCUGUCAUCAUUCACUCACCUUCAUAAUGUUUCAAACCUGUAUGCCUUUCUUUCUUCUGUGGAAAACAGAAGAUAUUUUUUUUAAAAUGUCAGUGUUGAAACAACAUUUGUCUCAAGUGACUUUCACUUUGUGGAAAAAAGGUGCAGCUCCACAUUUUAUUUGUCUUGCCUCACUGACUGCAAGUCAAAAAGCCUCUUAAUUCCUUCCAUUACAUUUGCUGAUAUUGAUUUUUGUAAAAACUGAACUCAAUUAAAUUAUUACACAUUACUUUACAUUUACCAACUCUGUCGGUUUGUGAAUUUAACUAUUUUAUUAAUUUGUGAAAUAGCGUUAACAUAUCCUAGUCUUCCAAAGUGGAUUUGCUCAUUAGAAAGCCUGCUUUAAAUCAGCACAUUUUUUUAUUAUCUUGUAAUUUUAUGUUGUUGUUUUUUCUGUUUGUUGUAUUGGAUGGCUUCAUCUGGAUGGAAAUGUGAUUUUUGAUCAUGAUCAAAAAUGCUCAGUCCAACAGCAUAGCGUGUUUGACAGAGGAUGUGACAUACACUGGUUCGCUAGGGUGCUCUCUGCAUUUGUCCCUGUCAAGUUUCUACAGUACAUACUGGUUUGUCACUAAAAUUAUUCCUUGUCACAAUUUUAAAUUGUAUAUUGAAGUCAACUGAUUAUCUGCACAUAAUUUACAUGUUAUGUAUUGGAAACAAUCUUUGGAAAUAUAUCUUAAAUACUUUGCAACGAUGGCAGUCUUGCUGUAUAUAGACAUUAUUUCUUUAAAAUACACAUUGUAACAUAUUGCCAUGUCUUAAACUUUUAAGAAUGUGUAAGAAUUCAUAAAUAUCAUGUUGUGAAUUUAAUACACUAAUAUGGCCAGACAGCUCAGUUUUUCAUUCGUUUUCGGACCCAUUUUCAUGUCCAAUUACACCUGUCGUUUAAAGGGAAUGUUUAAAUGCACUUGAAUGUUCAAUCUCAUUUAUGUAUUCGAAUGCUUCAUCUUGGCCCUUUUUACUUUGUGUGUAAGUCUAGAUAAUGUAAUGUGAUGCUUAAAAUGCGCUGCUUUUGUUAACGCUCUAGAAAAAACUUUAUUGUAGAAUAAGCGUACAUGUAAAUAUUCUGCAUUACAUCGAGAACUGGUAUCAAAGAAAAUGUCGUUCUUUUCACUUUAAUAUCAUGAAGGUACUUUGUGUGCCUAAAGCACAGAAAGUGCUUUAGUGCAUCUUGCAUAGAUGCUGAAUCACAAGCUGUUUCUUAAAAAACAACGACAUGUUACUUUAUGCAUAAAUCUUCACUUAUUGGUAACAUGGUAGAAAUGCCUCAAGUACAUUUGCUUUUCAAAAUAAGAUAUUUUAGCUAUGAUACUAAAAAAUUUGAAGGGUCAAUCCUGUAAACACUUACGUAGAUGCUUAUGUAGAAUCCUGUAAACAUUUAUGUAGAAUGUUUUAACCAUUACAUUUUUAAGGAGAGUUGAGAACUGAUUUCUUAAAAUGUAAAUUAAAUGUUAUAUAGAUACAAAUGUGACUGGAUGAAAUAAAAAAUUGAAAAUGCA